AAUUAAAAUGAGUAUUAUCUUCCAAAAAUAUGCAAGUAGUUUGUUGUACCAGUAACAGAACGACGGUUAUUACUUUACAACAAGCACACAAGCUCUGAGAUACCGAAACAAAUCAUCAUCAUGUAUAGUAAUUCUCUCAUUCCCGCUUCAUUCACUCACGAGUUCGUUGUGUAUAAAUAGUUUCUCUCAUUCGCAAUUUCACACUUUCAACACUCUCUUUCCUUUUCUCCGAUUCUUUCCCUCUGCUCUCUCCAUCUUCCGUUUUCCGUUCAGUUUGUGAAAAUGCCUCUCGGAUUUAGAGGCGAAGGAAUUACUUACACAGCGCGUUUUUGUGGUGUAGAGACUCCGUUCUACUUCAACAUUAAAGAAACUAUUAAGACCUAUAUCGUUCAUGGAGAUUUCGAUUUCGUUGUUUCUCCUCUGAUGUUUUCUGGUCAUUCGCCAAGCAAGGAUAGAGAUCCUGAAGUUCAUAAUCUGGAUCGACGGCUCUAUCCAUAUGCUGAAACAGACAUAAACGUUGCCUGGGCUCAAUGGGCCAAGGCUGGCAUUGUAGUCGCAAAAAUUUGUCCAUGGUUAGACUUGGAUUCAGAAGAUGAAAAUGUUAGGACGGAUUCUGAAGCUAUUCUGAAACAACAAAUAGAAUGGGCCUCUUAUCUCUCUCUUAAGGCUUGCCUUCUUCCAACUCCUAAGGGAAACUCUUGUGCUAACUAUGCCAGGUGUGUGAAUCAGAUCUUAAAGGGCCCAAAAAAUAACAUGCAGUUAUUGCUUAGGAUUCCCAUUGGGAUGUCUGAUAACGACUAUAGUCCAAGAUCCAAUGCUUCGGUUGAUUCAUGGCAAACAUGGAAUUCCUUCCGUGUGCUCUGUGAUCAUCAUAAUCUAUUGACAAUCGCCCUUGAUAUUAAGAGAGUCCUGCCUCCAGAGAACUCACUAAAACGCUGGUACGGGGAGCCUGUCGAUGCUGCAAUAUUAGAUACAGAUAUCUUUUUAACUAAGGCACGUGGUAAUACUACGUACCUUCCAAAGCGUCAUCAGAAAUUAAUUGCCGAUUUGCUUGACCAUAAUAAACCGAUCAUUAUAUCUGGAAUAAAAGUUCCUAUUGAUGCUCAAUCCGCUGCAGGUUCAAAACGACAUCCUUUACGGCCAUAUCUAGACCAAGUUAGUAAUGUAUACAAACAAAGGAACCCUCUUUCUGAGCGAGAAUGUCGGGAGUUGGAUAUUAGAGACUUUUUACAACUACCCUUACGACCUUUCAGAAAUUUUUCAUCUGCUUUGAGCUAUGAGGGUCAGGCGACAGAUUCAUUGAAAUACACGGAAUACGAGAGAGCAAUUUGUAAAGCAUUGCUAGAUAGGGUUCCCAAUGAAAAGGCUUCCUUCAUCGUCACGGUAUUGGUGGUGGUUGGUGCAGGGCGUGGGUCUCUUGUGUUUGCAUCGUUAAAGGCAGCCGAAAUAACUGGGCGGAAGCUAAAAGUUUAUGCUGUGGAGAAGAAUCCCCAAACAGUCAUUGCACUUGAUGAAGUAAUUAAGGCAAACAACUGGGUUGAUAUUGUUUUCAUAGUCACGAGUGACGUGCGUUACUGGAAUGCCCCUGAAAGAGCUGACAUAUUGGUUAGUGAUUUGUUAGGUUCUUUUGGGGACAAUGAGCUGUCUCCUGAAAGUCUUGAUGGCGCCCAGAGGUUUCUAGAGAAAGAUGGAAUUUCAAUACCAUCUUCGUACACAAGUUUCCUCCAACCAUUGACAGCUUCAAAGUCAUAUCAAAUAGCUAAGGCACGUAAAUAUAUUUUACACUCAGAAUCUGCUUGUGUUGUGAAACUAUACAAUGUGGCCCGGCUUGCGCCAUCUCAACAGGUUUUUACCUUUACUCAUCCAAAAUGGUUUGAUAAAGAAAGCAACGAACGGUAUAAGAAGUUGCAGUUUGAGAUACCUAAAGACACUGGGUCAGCAAUGGUUCACGGAUUUGCUGGCUAUUUUAAUAUGACUCUUUAUAAGGAUGUGUGUCUUGCAACUGAACCUUCAACUAAGAAGCCAGAUUUGUUCUCUUGGUUUCCCAUGUUUUUCCCAUUAAGGAUGCCAAUUCGUGUGGAUCGUGGCUCUAUUCUUGAAGUUCAUUUCUGGCGCUGUGUUGAUUCUAGAAAGGUUGGCUUUUUAUUUUUAUUUUUACAUUUCAUGUUACUGAUUUGGAUUGCUUUAUGUAAUCUGAAACAGGUUUGGUAUGAGUGGUGUGUUACAUCUCCUUCUUCAUCUCCAAUUCACAAUUGUAAUGGCCGCUCUUGUUGGAUGGAUCUUUAAUAAUAACGCAAAUGAUAUUUCAAAAACAAAGGCUGUGUUUACUUUAGUGUUUUUUGUUUUCAAUUUCACUGAUAGUAAAUACAUUUGAGAAGACACUAUUGAAAGUUUUUGAAGCAUGCA